GGGGGGGGUGGUUGGCGGCCGCAGGGGGCGGCUGCCCUCGGGGUCUGGGAGCCGUGCGGGGGAUGGUCCGGGCCCUGCGGCCCCAGCAAGGGGCGAGCGGACAGCCGGUCGGCUAGUUGGGCAAUAGGAAACGGUUUAUUAGGAGGGAGUGGUGGAGCCGGGCCAGGCAGGAAGACGCUGGAAUAAGAAACAUUUUUGCUCCAGCCCCUUUCCCAGUCCCGGGAGGCCGCCGCGCCAUCCGCGCCGAGCGAGCCCCUCCCGGGUCCCAGCGCCGUCCAGGGCUGCACAAGACCCGCGCCGCCGUCCAGCCCUCGCUGGGCUACCGCGGCCUCUGCCGGGGAAGGGGACGUGCCCGGCCCGCUGCCCGCAGGGCGGGUCCAGAGGGACCAUGAUCUUGGACCCCCCCAGGAGAGGCCUUCUGAUGUUCCUGAUGGCCUUGGGCCUGACCCAGGGUGACCCCAUGAAGCCCUCUCGGGGCCCGCUGGUCACCUGCACCUGUGAGAGCCCACAGUGCAGGGGGCCUACCUGCCAGGGGUUCUGGUGCACAGUCGUGCUGGUGCGGGAGGAGGGCCGGCAGCCCCAGGAGCACCGGGGCUGCGGGAGCCUGCAUGAGGAGCUGUGCCUGGGGCGCCCCACCGAGUUCGUCAACCACUACUGCUGCUACAGCAACCUCUGCAACCACAACGUGUCCCUGGUCCUGGAGGCCACCCAAAUUCCUCCGGAGCAGCCGAAGGUAGAUGGCCAGCUGCCUCUGAUCCUGGGCCCCGUGCUGGCCUUGUUGGCCCUGGGGGCCCUGGGGGCCCUGGGCCUGUGGCAUAUCCGGCGGAGGCAGGAGAAGCAGCGGGUCCUGCACAGCGAGCUGGGCGAGUCCAGCCUCAUCCUGAAGGCAUCCGAGCAGGGGGACAGCAUGCUGGGGGAUCUCCUGGACAGUGACUGCACCACAGGCAGUGGCUCAGGACUCCCCUUCCUGGUGCAAAGGACAGUGGCACGGCAGGUGGCCCUCGUGGAGUGUGUAGGCAAGGGUCGCUACGGCGAGGUGUGGCGUGGCCUGUGGCAUGGAGAAAGCGUGGCCGUCAAGAUCUUCUCUUCAAGGGAUGAACAGUCCUGGUUCCGGGAGACUGAGAUCUAUAAUACAGUGCUUCUCAGGCACGACAACAUCCUCGGCUUUAUUGCCUCGGACAUGACCUCCCGCAACUCGAGCACACAGCUGUGGCUCAUCACGCACUACCACGAGCACGGCUCCCUCUACGACUUUCUGCAGAGGCAGACACUGGAGCCGCAGUUGGCCCUGAGGCUAGCUGUGUCGGCUGCCUGCGGCCUGGCUCACCUGCACGUGGAGAUCUUUGGCACGCAGGGCAAGCCGGCCAUUGCCCACCGAGACCUCAAAAGCCGCAACGUUCUGGUCAAGAGCAACCUGCAGUGCUGCAUCGCUGACCUGGGCCUGGCUGUGAUGCACUCCCAGGGUAGUGAUUACCUGGACAUCGGGAACAACCCACGAGUGGGCACCAAGCGGUACAUGGCCCCCGAGGUGCUGGAAGAACAGAUCCGCACUGACUGCUUCGAGUCCUACAAGUGGACAGACAUCUGGGCCUUUGGCCUGGUGCUAUGGGAGAUUGCCCGUCGGACCAUUGUCAACGGUCCUCUCAGGCCUGGCUCAGAUGAUGCGGGAGUGCUGGUACCCCAACCCCUCUGCCCGCCUCACUGCACUGCGAAUCAAGAAGACACUGCAGAAACUGAGCAACGGUCUCGAGAAGCCCAAAGUGAUUCACUAGCCACAGGCCUGAAAGUCCGACUCUCCUCUGCCUGCAGUGCAUGUGGGGUGGGGAGGCAGACGGUGGCCCAGGGGCGGCUGUGCCUGCCGGCUCAUCCAGCCAAAAAUACAGCUGGGCUGAAACCCGAUCUCCCGCCGUCUGGCCUGCUCAAAGCAGCAGGCUCCCUGACGCCUGGCUCCCUUCUCACCCUUAUGCCCCGGGUGCAGUCCCUACCACCCCCAGGACAGGAUGCGAAAGAGGCCCCAGAGCCAGGGUGGCCAGGCCAGGGAAUCCCAGUCGCGGGCCCGGAGCCCAGGUCUGCACUUUUCCCCCUGCCCUCGGUCAACCCCGCUGCCCCACCAGAGCUGCCAGGGUGACGCAGGGUUCUCUCUAGCCUUCAGGAUACAUCCUGCCUCUGGCAUCAGCCCCACACCCACAGUCCAUCAUUUCCUCUCUGUGGGCUUGUCCGGGGCCUCUGUCUCCUGGACAUGACCCCACCAGCCAAGUGCCAGCCGCCUGGGAGAGCUG